GGGUACCCCGCCACGUGCAGAUCCAGCUGCAAAGAGACGCCCUCCGCCACUUCGCGCCUUGUCAGCCGCGCUCCCGAAGCCUCCAGUUGAUCUCUGCUAUUCCUUCUUCCUCCAGAAGGGGUAGAGAGUCUACUUCCUUUUCUCCAAGACCAUGGUUGAUCCACCUUCCUCCCUCAGGCUCCUUCUUGACAGUCUUCUAAAGGGAGAAAAGGGGAAAGAAGCAGUUCCUGUUGUUACAGAUGAACAAGGAGCCUUAAGGGAAGCACCAGCUGGAGCAUAAUCAGAUGCCUCCUCAUUACAUCAUAAUGGCCAAGUUGUGAUGUCACUGCAGAGCACCUACUCUUUCUUGGAUAUUGUAAGUGAAACCAGAAAUGUUGAAGGGAAGAGUCAGCAUGAGGAGCAGGCACCCAAGGAGAGCUGUCUCUGAAGGGCACAAAUCAGACCSCACCAUGCCUCCUAAUAAAGAGGCCAGCAGUGUUACUAGCUCACCAGCAGGGCUCAUCUGCCUUCCUYCAAUUUCUGAGGAGCUACAGCUUGUGUGGACCCAAGCAGCCCAGACCAGUGAGCUAGACAGCAAUGAACACCUGCUACAAACUUUCAUCUACUUUCCCUAUCCCAGCCUAGCAGACAUUGCCCUUCUCUGCCUACGUUAUGGGCUACAGAUGGAGAAAGUCAAGACUUGGUUCAUGGCCCAGCGCCUCCGCUGUGGCAUUAGCUGGUCAUCUGAAGAAAUAGAAGAGACUCGAGCACGAGUGGUWUACCAUCGGGACCAACUCCACUUCAAAUCCCUUCUCUCUUUUACUCAUCAUGCAGGGCGGCCACCAGAGGAGGUGCCACCUUCUCCAGUGCCACCUUCAGAACAAGUUGGUCUUGGAAUAGGCCCUCUGACUUUUAGAGAGCCCCCCCAGAUAAAAGGAUUGAAGGUAGAACCUGAGGAGUUCUCUCAUAUAUCAACACUGCCACUGAGUCACCAGAAAGCAAAGGAGUCCCUUUUGACACCUGGCAGUGGAACAUUCUCCCAGUCAGAUUUUUGGCAGGAUCUUCAAAGUAGUGGCCUCUCUAAGGAACUGGCAGGCAGUGGUCCUGACUACUCACAUGGUGUAGGUACUUCUUCCUGGAACCACUCCAUAGCUGUCCACCAGUCACGUGCUCUGGAUAAGCCCCCAUCAAUCUCAUUACUUGCCAGUAGUUGUAAGGAGGAGUCAGCACCUAGUMUGACUCCUUCUUCCUCCUCUACCUCCUCUUCGUUCAGGGUACUGGCUAAUGGAGCUACUGCCACCUCUAAACCCCUCCAGUCACUAGGCUGUAUCCCACAGUCACACUCACCCAAGGAACAGGCACUACCCCCACAUCUGGAGCCAGCCUGGCCUCAAGGGCUACGGCAUAACUCAGUACCAGGUAGGGUUGGCUCCACAGACUACCUUUCCCCAGAUAUGCAACGCCAACGAAAGGCUAAGCGUAAAACCAAAGAGCAGCUGGCUAUUCUCAAAUCCUUUUUUCUACAGUGCCAAUGGGCACGGCGUGAGGAUUACCAUAAAUUGGAACAGAUCACUGGUUUACCUCGGCCUGAGAUCAUUCAGUGGUUUGGUGACACACGCUAYGCUUUGAAGCAUGGGCAACUAAAAUGGUUUCGGGACAAUGCAGUACCUGGUGCCCCUAGUUUUCAAGACCCAGCAAUUCCUACACCACCAUCAACCCGCUCUUUGAAAGAAUGGGCUGAGACACCACCUCUACCAAUUCCCCCACCCCCACCGGAUAUACGACCUUUGGAGAAGUAUUGGGCAGCCCACCAACAGCUACGGGAAAUUGAUAUCCCUCAGCUGAGUCAGGCAUCAAGACUUAGCACCCAGCAGGUACUGGAUUGGUUUGACUCUCGAUUACCUGAGCCAGCUGAGGUGGUAGUUUGUCUAGAUGAAGAAGAGGAAGAGGAAGAGGAAGAAGAGGAACUGCCGGAAGAUGAGGAGGAAGAGGAAGAGGAAGAAGAUGAUGAGGAGGAGGAUUAUGUGAUCAUACAGGACUGAGCGAGGGAGGGAUUUUGGGAAGGAAAAGAUCUGUUACUAAAAGAUGAACCAAAUUUUAGUAACUUUAAACAAAGAAACUACAUUUUUUAAAUUACCUUGUGGCAAAGAA